UGUCCCUCGAACUUGUGUGAAAUGCCUUAUUUUGCAGCUUCGUAUAUCUAUUAGUGAGGAGACAUCACGUGGACCCCUUGCAAUCAAUUAAAACAUUUCUUCACUCUCUUUCCGUCGUAGUUGUCGGCGUGGCAUUGAGGAAAUCCGGAUGUUUGGGUGACAUCAGCAGAGCUGGGACGGGCACUCCACUGCUCACAUUUCAUUCCACCAACUACAGCGCCGUUUCAAGCCGUUUCCAGGACCUCUUGCACAGCAAUGCAGCAGGCGGCUGAAGCUGGCGGCUUUGGUGACUGAGGAGGCCAAACGUUCCUCUUGGCCGCCUGGCCGGGAUUUAUUUUUCCACGAACAUGGAAGAGGGUCUGAGCUCCCUUAAGCAGUUCGCCCUCCCUGUCGGUAAACUGGCUUCUUGGAUUGCAGCGGUGGCAAUGAUGUUUGGUGGAGUAGUGCCCUACAUUCCUCAAUACAGGGAUAUCAAGCGCACACAGAAUGCAGAGGGGUUCUCCAUCUACGUUUGCUUGGUGUUGCUUGUGGCUAAUAUAUUGAGGAUAUUAUUUUGGUUUGGAAGGUACUUUGAACCACCCCUUUUAUUACAAAGUAUAAUCAUGAUCAUUACCAUGCUGGUGAUGUUGAAGUUAUGUACUGCUGUUCGUGUAGCCAGUGAACUCACAACACGACGCCGUGCCUUUACAGACAAUAAAGAUGAAGAAGUCAAAACUCCUAGGAAGUUCUUUCUGGACUUUGACUUGCAGUACUUCUGGCUGUGGAGCAGAUUUAUUGAUUACAUACAGUGUGUCUUGGCUUUCACUGUUGUUGCUGCAUACAUAACCUACCUCCUUAUUGAUUCUUCACUCUUCGUGGAAACACUUGGCUUCUUCGCUGUCUUUACCGAGGCAAUGCUUGGCACACCACAACUGUACCGCAACUACGAGAACAAAUCAACAGAAGGAAUGAGUGAUUAUACACACUGGACCUCGGUGUUGUGUAUUGUAUUCAGAUGGAGAAGAGUGGUGAGAUCUAAACUUGCGAGGCUCCUGUUGACAACUGUGCUGAAACCAGAUGCUUCUCCACAAGAAGAAAGCAUCAGAGGCAGGAGGAAUUGCCACAAUCUCUUCAGAACAAGCAACUUCAGAGUAAUAUCAAUACGAGUUUCAGAGCAGGUUAUAUCUGUUCAGUUUUGAAUGUUACGAAGAGAAGGUUUUAUUUUUAAAUGACAUAAGAUUAUCCUUAGCCAGAAAAUAAAUUAUGGUCCAUUGCAAAGUAAAGUGAGAUCUGACUUUUAGUGCAAAAGUGCAUGCUGAAAAUACACAAUGAUGCUGACACUUUUUUACUUGUUCCUUCAUGGUUUUUAUUUUAUUACUCAAUAAUUUAGUAAAAUGAUGUCUGCACCAUUUUAAAUCACAGGUUAAAGAGUUCACAUUUUGCUCGUACAGCAUUCCCGUCCCACUCCCAACCAUUUGAAUUAGUCUGAUUGAAAUUGCCCACGUUUAAUUUACAGUUGUCAUGCUUAUAUAAUUAGCAUUGUUUCAAGAAAAAAUUUAUACAUUAGGUAACAAAUUAAAAGACACAAAUCUGAUUUAAUUCUUGCUCAUCUGUGGAUCACUGAGUGAUGAGUUCCUACUUCCUUCAAGUCAAUUGAGUCAGUAAUAAAAUGGGCAUGCAUUUAAAACAAACGCUCAAAAAUUGCUUUGAUACCCACAGCAACUACGCAGAGAGGACUGGGAGGCAGGGAAAGCCUGUUUAAUUUGAUUACGGUUGGUCUGUAUGGGAUGAUGCUCAUUGGAGCUGCAUAUUGUGUAUUAAGAUGAAGUAGAAGGGUUGUUACCAACCUGAAUUUAUUUUAAUAGUCUGAUCUAUUAACUAGAAUAAAAUUCAGUGCUGUUAAUCCAGAUCACAUUGAAUUGCUUUCCUUUUGCCUUUAAAAGCAGUGUUUUUUAUCUGUGUCCAGUAAAUCCAUCUCUAAACCUGCUUACGUUGUCAAACCCAAGUAAGUGACAAGUCCUUGCCCUAUGUUUUGGACUAUAACCAAGCUCCUUUAGUUUACUGGUUUUUACAUAUAAAUUGUUGAUGUGAUGUGAUGUGACUUCUGAUCAUUGUACAAUUGUAUUUAUCUGAACCUUUUUUGUUUACAUGUAUAUUGUUAAGUUGGCUGUUCAUUUCACAUUUGUAGACAGCCAGCAAUCUGAAACUAUAUUUAUCACACUGAAGUCAAUGAAGCAGCAUCAUAACUAACUUACAGUGGCUGAGAGAAAUUUAAUUGAAACCUAUAAGUAAUAAGUUUAAUAUAGCUACAGUGGAAUAUUAAGCCAACCAUUAGGUUGAUGAUGAGACUUUGGCUCCAAAGAAGUAUACCUAGUGAGGUAAAUAGAUCUACCUAGUUUACAACUAUAAUUCUCCCUAUUCGCUCAGGAGUUAUUAGUUGAUCGCUGUGAAAUAUUUUUGUCAUUGAAUGAUAACUGUUUGACUGCAAAUUUGAUCUUUCUGAUCCACAGCUGAUUGCUAUAUUUUGCUUUGGGCCGAAGUGACCUUAAAGUUAAGUCUAUGGUAUUUAAAUGUGAGCCAUUAUCUGAUGUUUUUAUAUUCAGCAAAAUAUCUGUAUAGGGAGUUGCUGAAUGCUGAUCUUUUUACUUUGAUUAUCAAGAAAGCUCAAUUUUCUUAAAUAGUUUCUAAGAAUAUACUAUUCAAAGUCAAGAAUUAUGAAUUAUUACACAGUAGUUGACUGAAGUAUAAAGCUCUAGGAAUAAACUAGCUAUCGCUUCCACUCUGGUGAGUAAGUCUGUCAUUUGGUGAUUUGGUCAAACCUUGUGUACCUUACUAAUCCAAACCCUGCAACACAUCUUCAUUUUAAAACUGAAUUGAGCCUAUUCAAGUGUGUUUUGCACAGGCUGUGGGCCAUUUAUACUAUGGCAUUAGAAGGCAGCGAUAAGUUAUGUUACCUGCUGUGCUUAAUUAGCAAGCAAAAAUUAGAGAAUCCCAUUGUGCUGACUUAUCAAUCCAUGGGUGUGUAAUGUUUGGUUUUAUAAUGUUUGUAUAAUUUUGUUUUGUCCAUUUGGUGUUCAGUAAAUUGGCUUCAGAAGCAUAUGCUAUGGGAAUAUAUUGGUUACGUUGGAAUUUCAUACUUCACAGCUUGUCUUGCAACUUGUUGGCAGUGCUUUAUUUCAAGGAUUACUUGGAAAUGUAGGAAAUGUUUGUUUACAAUUUUUUUUAUUCAGAUUUACAUUUGUGAACGCUUAUUUAAAAGUAUUGAAGAUUACUGUUAAUUUGUAUUCUUCUGUCAACUCUACCAAAAAAACUAAAAGACUCAAUUGCCAAAUGAAGGCAGGUGAGCGCACUUAACCAGCAAAAGGAAUGUUCUACAAUCCUAUAUCCAGCCUUCACUCAGAGUUUUAAGUAUGCGCUGCCAUUCAACAUCAUGGUUGGAGGCAAAAUGAGAGAGUCAAAAGAAGUCGGCACAAGAUUACAUGUGUUAAAUAUGUAAAGACAUACACUGGUCUGUCAUGUACAUCUGUAUAUUAAACUGAAACCUAAAGAAGAAUAAACAUUUGGAACUGUGCACA